GCCGCUGCCCCCCCCCCUCCCCCGCCGCCGACCGGUUAUUCCGGAGACGCGAGAGGAUACGAGGGAGCGCGGAAAAGGAGGAGGGAGGAAAAGGGAAGGGGGGGGGGGGGGCGAGAAAAAGGGAGGGGGGCAGCGUUUAAAUCCCUUCCCCCCGCUCCUCGCCGCCUCCAUUCCUCCCUUCAUUCGACCUCCCCUCCGGAGCCGCCGGAUUCACCAGGACCUUCUCCCUGAAGAACCGCUCUUCCCAGUGUCUGUGUCCCCGGGAGCAGCCGAAGGGGGUCACGGAGUGAUAAAGAUUUAUGUUUUCAUCAAACCGGGCCAAGGAGAAUGGGGGUCCCACACCCAAAAGAAUGAAGACGCGACAGAACAAGGACUCAAUGUCAAUGCGGAGUGGACGGAAGAAAGAGACUCCAGGGCCCCGAGAGGAGCUCAGGUCACGGGGCCGAGCUUCCCCUGGGGGUGUCAGCACCUCCAGCAGUGAUGGCAAGGCUGAGAAGUCCCGGCAAGCGACAAAGAAAGGCCGGGUGGAGGAAUCCUGCGCCCCAAAGGGCAGCAAGCAGGGCCGAGCAGAAGAGAUCUCAGAGAGUGAAGGGGAGGACACCAAUGCUCCCAAAAAAACCAAGACCGAGGAGUUGCCCUGUCCUCCAUCCCCGUCUGAUGUUGACAGCCUCGAUGGCCACAGCUUCAACGAUGAGAUGAGCAGUGACCCUCGGGACAUUGACCAGGAUAACAGGAGCACCUCGCCCAGCGUCUACAGCCCUGGCAGCGUGGAGAAUGACUCCGACUCCUCCUCCGUGCUGUCCCAGGGGCCGUCUCACUCCUACCACCACCCUCCACUCUUCCCACAGAGCCCGCCGGUAGCUCCCGCUCCUGACAGCCUGCCCCGUCCACCCGAGCCCAGCUUUGGGCUCCCGGGCGAGGUGCACCCCCAGGGACCCCCGGCGGGGAGCUACCACUCCCAGCUGGAUGGCCAGCCCUCACGCCUCUUCCAGGCUCAAGCCCCACAGACACCCACGUCCUCCUCUGCUGCCGCUGCCCCUCCUGCUCCUCCUUCCUCCUCCUCCUCCUCCUCUUCCUCUUCUUCCUCCUCAUCCUCCUCCUCCCAUGCUCCUCUUUACCCUACAGCCAAUGUGGUCCAGGUUGGGACCAAGAUUCCCGGUGGCGUGGGGGGUCUCCCCGCACCGGGGGGACGCGAGCAGACCCUCGGUGCCAAGCACAACCCGCCACCCACCACCCCCAUCUCUCUGGCGUCAGUGGUUGGGGGGCUCCCCCCCCAGAAGACGCCCCCAGCCAACCCUCCAGCCGCCCCCCCUGCUUCGGCCCCUUCCUUCCCCCACGUCUCUGCCAAUCUGCCUCCUCCCCCAGCCCUGCGCCCGCUCAACAAUGCUGCGGCUGCCUCCAGCUCCCCGGGCAUGGUGGGGCAGGCCCUGAGCACCCACCUUCCUUCGCCCCACGGCAUGGGGCAGGACAAGGCACCGGCCCUAGCCCCCUCCCGCUAUCCCUAUGCCCCCCCACCGCUGCCACCCUCGAGCUCCUCAGCUCAGUACCCGCAGCCCUCCCCGGCCCAGCCCCUGCCCAGUUACAGUGCUUCCUAUGGGCACUCCUUCCCCCCACCCAGUGGCCUGUCUGUGUCCAGCCAGCCCCCCAAGUACACCCAGCCCUCCCUGCCCUCCCAGCCCGUCUGGAGCCAGGGGCCACCCCCCUACAGCCGCCCCUUGGGCAAUGCAGGCUCCCACCCAGCUGCCCCCUUCCCUGGCCAGCCCCCCCAUCACCAGCAGCCCCCCCAGCAGCAUCACCACGGGCAUGGGAGCGGUGGGGGGGUCUCCCCAGCAGCCGCAGCUCCCCCCCAGGCCCCUGGGGGUUACCCCCAUGGAUUGGAGUCAAACAGCCAUCAUCCUUCCCAUGCUACCUAUGGGCUGCGCCUCUACCCUCCCCACAGCCAGGCUGCCUACAGCCAGGCUCCCUCAGCCACUGCCGCUGCACCCCCCUCUUCCUCCUCCUCAUCCUCCUCCUCUUCCUCUUCAUCCUCCUCCGCCUCCUCUUCCCAGGGAAGCUAUCCCAGCAUGUGCGCUCACCCGCCGGGCCAGAGUCCUGCCACCUACACCUUCCCCCCGCCGCCACCCCCCUCCCCUGCCCAUGGGGCUGGCCCUCCGGUCACCUCUACUGCCACCACCCUCUCCACUGUCAUCGCUACCAUGGCCUCCCCCUCGGCAGCCCCCUACAAGACAGUCUCACCCCCGGUGCCCCCGUCGGCUGUGGUCCCCUAUGGAAAGCGGGCGGCCUCGCCUGUCCCCACCUUCCAGCCCCCGGUCCCCUACAAGCCAGGGUCCCCCCCUGCUUCCUCAGCUGCCCCUUUCCGAGCAGCCACCCCUCCCGGCUACCGGGUGGCUUCCUCCCCCGUGGCAGGGGGCUACAAAGCCCCCUCGCCUGCCCCCUCUGCCCCAGCAGCCCUGCCGGGGAGCAUGGCCGCCCCGGCCCCCCCUGCGCCCCCGCUGCCCCUCAGCGCUGCACAGAUCAAGCAGGAGCCGUCAGAGGAGUACGAGCCCCCCGAGAGCCCCGUGCCGCCGGCUCGCAGCCCCUCGCCGCCUCCCAAGGUGGUGGAUGUGCCCAGCCACGCCAGCCAGUCAGCCAGAUUCAACAAGCACCUGGACCGUGGCUUCAACUCCUGCUCCCGCACGGAUCUGUACUUCGUGCCCCUCGAUGGCUCCAAGUUGGCCAAGAAAAGGGCAGACUUGGUGGAGAAAGUGAGGCGAGAGGCUGAGCAGAAGGCGCGGGAAGAGAAGGAACGGGAGCGGGAGCGGGAGAAGGAGCGGGAGCGGGAGAAGGAGCGGGAGCUGGAGAGGAGCGUGAAGAUGGCCCAGGAGGGCCGGCCGGUUGAGUGCUCAUCCCUGGGGCCGGUCCCCCACCGCCCCUCCUUUGAGCAGGGCAGUGCCGUAGCGACUGUUCCCCCAUACCUGGGUCCUGACACCCCGGCUCUGCGCACCCUCAGCGAAUAUGCCCGGCCCCACGUCAUGUCCCCCAGCAACCGCAACCACCCUUUCUAUGUGCCGCUUGGUGCAGUCGACCCGGGCCUGCUGGGGUACAACGUCCCGGCCAUCUACAGCAGUGAUCCAGCGACGCGGGAGCGGGAGCUGAGGGAGCGGGAAGCCCGUGAACGAGACCUGAGGGACCGGGACCUGCGUGAACGUCUCAAGCCCGGCUUUGAAGUCAAGCCAGCCGAGUUGGAGCAGCUCCACGCCGUGCCAGCUGCUGCCAUGGAUCCGUUCCCACGCCACGGAGGGCUGAGUCUGCAGACAGCUCCCGGCCUUCAUCCCGCUUUUCCGUUCCACCCAGGGCUGGGCCACUUGGAGCGGGAGAGGCUGGCGCUGGCAGCCGGCCCGACCCUUCGUCCCGACAUGUCCUAUGCCGAGCGCUUGGCAGCUGAGCGCCAGCAUGCUGAGCGGGUGGCUGCUCUCAGCAAUGACCCUCUGGCCCGGCUGCAGAUGCUCAAUGUGACACCUCAUCAUCAUCAGCAUUCCCACAUCCAUUCCCACCUCCAUCUCCACCAGCAGGAUGCCAUACAUGCAGCCUCAGCCUCUGUUCACCCUCUUAUUGACCCACUCGCCUCGGGAUCACACCUGACCCGGAUACCAUACCCAGCUGGAACCAUCCCAAACCCUCUCCUGCCUCACCCUCUACAUGAGAACGAAGUGCUGCGCCACCAGCUUUUUGCUGCACCCUACAGGGACCUGCCGGGCUCCCUCUCAGCGCCCAUGUCCGCAGCACAUCAGCUCCAGGCCAUGCAUGCGCAGUCAGCUGAGCUGCAGCGCCUGGCUCUGGAACAGCAGCAGUGGCUCCACGCGCAUCACCCUCUGCACGGCGUGCCGCUCCCGACGCAGGAGGAUUACUACAGCCACCUGAAGAAAGAAAGUGACAAACCCCUUUAAGCGGACUUCUACUGCGGGCGUGACAUCAUCAUGUCUUUCUCUCAAGAGGAGCAAUCAAUCAACCAAAUCCUGGGGGAGGGGAAGCUGCAGUGACACAUCCUGAUCCCACCAUGCAGCAGAGUGCCAGAGAAGACGGACGAACAGUACAGGAUGGCAUCCUGGGAGCAGAGAGCAGAGGACAGAAAAUGGGGAGGGACUGAAACGCCACUUAACGGACAUGAACUGAUCGGUACGUGAUUUCAGCAGAGCUCUGGAGGAAACGGCAUCAGCAUUGCACAGAGCUCAAAGCGACAAAGACUGACAUGAAUUCAGGGUGGCAGCAGCUCCAUCCUUUGUUUCGGGGGAACAGUUGCAUUAAAUAAGAAGCGCAGAGCAUCGCAGGACUUCAUGUGCAUGAUGCUGCCACCUUUCCUGCUUCUGCGAGGAGGAACUCAACCCAACAGCCUUUUUUCCUCACACCCCACCCCCCCCUUUAGGUGUAAGAUACUGCUUAGCGAUAUGGAAAAGCAAUGUGGAACUUUCCCCCAUUAGCUGGGGUGGCUUCCUGCUCUCCAGCAUCCCAUCCGAUGCAGAGCCCGGUCCCAGCCACCGGGGUGCAAAGCACCGCAGACUGUUUGCGAGGUGGUGGCUGUGCUUCCCCACAAGGUGCAAAGCACUGGGAGGCUGUUUCCCAGACCACAGUCACCACCGUGACCCCCCCAAGUCCCAUCGGGAGAGCCAAUGUGGCCCAGAGCAAUGACACUGCGUCCUUGGGACUGUCUUGAAGAUGAUGGCUGCCCCCUUUCCCCUCACCCCUUCUAAUUGAUGUACUUUUAAAACUCAUGCACAUCCUGUUAGACGUGGCAGUUUUAUGUAGCAACUUGUGAUCCCCUUGCCCCCUCCCAUCCCCGCGUGCGUGUCUGAUUUCACAAUUGUAUCUCUUGAUUGGUCCCCAUAUAUAUAUAUAUUUACUUAAUUAACCAUUAAAAGGAAGAGAAAAAAAACAACCAACAACCCAGCUAUAGAAAAAGAAACCACCCGAACAAAGUUCCCCACGCACUCCCAAGCCCCGACAUGCAUUCUAAUAAUUUAUAUAUAUAAAUAUCUAUAUGAAGAUCUUAAAAAAGAGGGG